AUGAUUUUUUUCAUCCUACGUAAAUUAUUACGUAGAAAAAAAUCACGUAGGAAAAAUAUUUACGUAGGAUUUCAUAACGUGACGGAAAUUAUUUAAAAAUUAUUUUGUCAAUGUGAAUAUUUUUUUCAAGAAUAUUUAAUAAAAAUUUUAAGUAACAUAACUGUGGAUUAAUAUGGAUUUAAGAGUGUUUAAUAUUCAUUUCACAUAUAUUGAAAGUGAAAACAAAACAUUGUGUCAUCAUUGCAAAAAAAAAUAUGCAGGAAAAAGUAUGCAUAACCUCAAACGUCACUUAACUGAUAAGCAUCAAGAACAAGCAAAUGAUACAAAUGUCAAAUAUAGAGAAAAACGUCCUGCAUCAACUUCUACAGCAGAUGAGGCUCCACCACAAAAAAAACUCAAAAAAUUAGUUGCGUCUGACUUUAUAAGAUCCUCUGUUGAGCUUGUUGUCCUAAACUUACUACCAUAUAGUAUAUUCUCAAUGAAAGCAUUUAAGGAUCUAAUUUACAAUCAUCAAGUAACAACUGGCAUCACAAUGAAUUAUUGUAAUGCACAAAAAUAUGUCACAGAAACCGCAAAAGCCUUAAAACAGAAGAUUAAAUUGGAAGUUAAGGACCGAAUGAUUGGAUUAAAGGUAGAUGUUGCAACGAGAUUGGGUCGUAGUGUUUUGGGCAUCAAUAUUCAAUUCUUUUCUGAAAUUGAAAGAAAAAUUUUGGUUCGUACAAUAGGAAUGAUUGAAAUGCAUCGACGACACACGGCUGAGAAUAUUAAUCUUAUUAUAAGCAGCUUACUUGGAGAGUACGGCAUUGAUAAAAGAUCAGUAGCAAGUUUUACAUGUGACAAUGGCGCUAACAUUGUUGCCACAGCUAAAUUGUUUCAAAACUACCAAAAUAGUUUAUUGCUUUGUGACGAAUUGGAAGAACUUGGACAGCAAUUAAAUGACGAAGAAAUUGACGAUGAAGAUGAUGCUGAAAAUUUUGACGAGAACGGUCCUUUAGAUAUUCCCAGUAACAUUAAAGAUGCUCUUAAGGAUAUCACAUCUGUUGCUGUUUUAGUUCGCUGCUCUAUUCAUACUCUUCAAUUGUGUGUUCACGAUUCGCUAAAUGAUAUCAAGAAAGAUUAUAGGAAUGAACUUGAUGAGAUAAGAAAAGUAGUUAAAAAUUUAAAGUCCAGCACGUAUUGUGAGCAAAUCAAAAGUUUAAAGAUUAAAGUUCCAGGCAUCGAUGUCAUCACUCGUUGGAACUCCUCAUUUAUCAUGAUUAGAAAGCUGAUAAACAUACAAGAGGACCUAAACAGUUUGUUUGAGUAUUUUUCAGGAGAUGCAUUAGAAAAGAUCAAAUUGGAAACUCGACAUUGGACUUUCAUGCAGAAAUUUUACGAUGCUUUCCUUCCAUGCUAUAAUUUGACUAUGAAACUUCAGAGCUCAGACGUCGGAAUGGGUGAUUUCUACGCAAGUUGGAAGAAGACUAUGUUUGAUAUGAAGGACAAUUUAGAGCAAAAUGAAUUUUCAAAGAUUGUUUUUGAUCAUAUGCGUCAACGAUCGAUCAAAUUGUUUGAAAAUAAUGAUAUUCUGCUGGCUAGUCUCUAUAUUGAUCCAAGAUUUAACUUCAAUGGAAGACAGUUUUUUAGUGACACUCAAAACUGUCGUGCUGAGGUACGUUUAGGCUAAUAAAUCAUAAGCUAUAAGCUGAUGAGAGAAAUUUUGUUCAAUCGUAGGCAUACAUCUUAAAAGUCUGUAAACAAGUGGCACGUUUAAAAUCAGUUGAUCCGUUGAAUGUUCCUAAUGAUGUUGGCUGUGCGUUGACUGAAUUUGACUUAUUUCUUGAUGAGGAUUUUGAAAGCAUCCAGCAAAGGGUCCCUGAAAAUGACGAUAAGAAAUUAUUAGACAAAAUCCAAAAAUGUCGAUUCCAAUCCAGAAUUUUAGUUUCAAACGAAAAUUUCAACAUAUUUUCAUAUCUUGAAGCCAAAUAUUCAAAUGAUCCUGUAAUGUUGGAAGCCUGUUAUGCAAUAGCAGCAACUCCAAGUAACCAAUCCUCUGUUGAACGUUGUUUCAGCGCUUUAAGAAUUCUUUUAAGUCACUUGCGCUUUAAUUUAUCUUCUUCAAUGAUAAAUGAUAUUUUGAUCUGUCACUUGAACUGCCAUUUACUUUCUAAAAUUGAUUUUAACAUGAUUGAAAUAUAAAGGCCAUUCGAUUCCUGAUUCUUACCUUUAUUUUCAUCAAAAAUUAAGUUCCUUAAAAAAAUGCAAUUUAUCGAUCAAUGUUUUCACGCAAAUUAUGUCAAUACUUCCUUUAAUAUCCAUGUAUAAUUGUUAUAAAAACUUAAUAAGCUAUUAACAGCAAUAAACACUUCAUUUUUAGCUAAAAUAUUUUUGUAAACAAAAGUCACAUUGACAAAAUAAUUUUUAAAUAAUUUCCG